AUCCGCGUCCAGAUCGAUCACCCGAUCCACCGACCUACGUCUGGGUGUCCUAGCAAUGGCGUCCUCCGCCCCCUCCGCCCCCGGCCUCGCGCCGGUCGCCAAACCGCCGCCGCCGCCGUCCAGGGUGAAGGUGGCUGUGCCAGCCAAGGGCAAGAAGCAGCAGGGCGGUGCCAGGCCAAUGCGCGCGGCGAAGUGGAACCCGCUGCAGCGGCUGGCGGCGGCGGCGAUUGAUGCGGUGGAGGAAGGGGUCGUGGCCGGUUUGCUGGAGCGCGGCCACGCGCUGCCGCGGACGGCUGACCCGGCCGUGCAGAUCGCCGGGAACUACGCGCCCGUCGGGGAGCGCGCGCCGGUCAGGGAGCUGCCCGUGUCCGGCGGCCGCCUCCCGGCGUGCCUCGACGGGGUGUACGUGCGCAACGGCGCUAACCCACUCCACGCGCCGCGCGCGGGUCACCACCUGUUCGACGGCGACGGGAUGCUCCACGCCGUGCGGAUCUCCGGCGGCCGCGCUGAGUCCUACGUGUGCCGGUUCACCGAGACGGCGCGGCUCCGGCAGGAGCGCGAGCUCGGCCGCCCGGUCUUCCCCAAGGCCAUCGGCGAGCUCCACGGCCACUCGGGCGUCGCGCGGCUCCUCCUCUUCGGCGCGCGCUCACUCUGCGGCGUGCUCGACGCGUCGCAGGGCAUCGGCGUCGCCAACGCCGGGCUCGUCUUCCACGACGGCCGCCUCCUCGCCAUGUCCGAGGAUGACCUCCCCUACCACGUCCGCGUCACCGCCGAUGGCGACCUCGAGACCGUCGGGAGGUACGACUUCCAUGGCCAGCUCGACAGCGCCAUGAUCGCGCACCCCAAGCUCGACCCGGUCACCGGCGAGCUCUUCGCGCUCAGCUACAAUGUCGUGUCCAAGCCGUACCUCAAGUACUUCUACUUCACCACCGACGGCCGCAAGUCCCCCGACGUCGACAUCCCCGUCGACGCGCCGACGAUGAUCCACGACUUCGCCGUCACCGAGAACUAUGCCGUCAUCCCGGACCAGCAGAUCGUGUUCAAGCUCCAGGAGAUGGUGCGCGGCGGCUCGCCGGUGGUGUACGACAAGGACAAGGCGUCGCGGUUCGGCGUGCUCCCGAAGCGCGCCACCGACGCAUCGGAGCUCCGGUGGGUGGAGGUCCCCGACUGCUUCUGCUUCCACCUCUGGAACGCGUGGGAGGACGACGCCACCGGCGAGAUCGUGGUGAUCGGCUCCUGCAUGACGCCGCCGGACGCCGUGUUCAACGAGUCGUCCCCGGACCAGAGCUUCCGCAGCGUGCUCUCGGAGAUCCGCCUCGACCCGCGCACGGGCAAGUCCCGGCGGCGCGCCGUGCUGCGCGAGGCCGACCAGGUGAACCUCGAGGCCGGCAUGGUGAACCGGCAGCUGCUCGGCCGGAAGACGCGGUACGCCUACCUCGCCAUCGCCGAGCCAUGGCCGCGCGUGUCGGGCUUCGCGAAGGUCGACCUCGAGGCCGGCACGGUGGAGAAGUUGAUCUACGGGGAAGGCCGGUACGGCGGCGAGCCAUGCUUCGUGCCGCGCUCCGACGCCGGCGCCGAGGACGACGGCCACGUGCUGUGCUUCGUGCACGACGAGGAGCGCGGCAGGUCGGAGCUGGUGGUGGUGAACGCCGGCGAGAUGAAGGCGGAGGCCGCCGUGAAGCUGCCCGGCCGCGUGCCGUACGGAUUGCACGGCACCUUCAUUGGCGCCAACGAGCUGCAUCAACAAGCUUAGCUUAGCUACCUCGAUUGAUUAGCUUCAGCAACAAAAAAAAAGACAGAUUAAAUUAAUUCCAGAGUUGCUUAAUUUUUUUACUACUAGGGAAUAGUAGUAGCAGUAAAAAAAAUAUUAACAGCAGUGAAUAAUAAUAAUUGGGCAGGUAUAUUUGCGGUCGUAAUUUUUAGUGGUGCAGACACCGACCGCCUGUACAUGUAUAUCUGCUUAAUUGAACAUGUAUUUUCUGAUGGUAUAUAUGCAGUACAUGGGAUGUUUUACAGAUGUAUCUGCUACAUGUAUAUAUAUACCGUAUAUUUGGU